AUGUCGCUCGAUCACGAAAGCUCGGUCGCUAUCCCAGAGUCAAGGUUCCGUCCUUGGGGACUCAGACAGAUUGGGAUACAAAUUAUUCCUUCAAAUUCACGCGUGGCCGCUGAAUCUUCCGGACCGAGAGGUCAGAUUCGGUUUCAGCAACCGGCAAGUGUGGCAGCCGAGCCAAUCGGCGCGGCGCGACGCAUUUCUGUUGAGAAUUUUCUCGAUGCAUGUACAAUAAAGCGUUUCCUCAUGACUAUGGAAGAUGGCCGAGAAGCCGUGGCUAAGGUAUCGAAUCCUAAUGCCGGCAUUUCGCACUUCACUACGGCCAGUGGAGUUGCCACAGUGAAGCUUGUGAGUUAA